GCAGCAGAGGCCGGUCAACGGGAGACUGAAGGUCAAGAAAGCAACUAUUCAUUCUGAGAGCUGAGACACAAACGAGUGCAUCAUGGUUGGUGAACAGCGCUUUGUAAUCAGUGCCCGCAUGAUCGGAGCUGUCCACAGGGACUCACCAAAGCUCAAGAUGUUCAUGAUAUCUGUGUUAUGGUCUGAUGAGACUGAAGUGAUUGUCUACAGGUCCUUCCAGGAUUUCAAGAAAUUUCAUAGGCAGCUGAAAAAGAUGUUCCCUCACAUGAACCCUUUCAAGAAAAAUGACAGACUGAUCCCAAAAUUUAGGGGGCAGGCCAGGAAGAGCAGCCUCCAGCAGAAAGGAUCCAAGCGAUCCGUCAAACGCAUGAAGUUCCUGGACAGCUACUGCGACAAACUGCUGAAGUGUGACCAACCUGUGACUCAGAGCUCANUAUCAUUUUGUAUGAGUUGA